CAUUUUUGGUUGCUGAACCAUACAAAUUUCUAGUCGUCAUAGGGAGGAAAAAUCUGGCGAUUAAGCAUUACGUUAGUUUCGAGAUAGUCGACAUCAUAACGGCUCGAGUAGUAUAUGUGGAUGAUUGGGUGUUGAGUCUGCAUAGGAUGCACUGUUGUCAGGGAGAAGUGCAAGUCACCUUCACGCGGUUGGCCCAGAAGCCCAUAUCUAACGCAGACGAUCACAGAACUACACCAACCACGGACGGCGGUCCCGAAACAAGGUCCAUUAUGUCUGGCCACUAAAUCAACGCUCCAGCCGGGAAGAUAGAGCACAGACCGUUGUUUAUUGGCAUCGUUAACGUGAAUGAGAAUUUGCGGAAUCGCCGAGUUGGAUGACAAAGCCGAUGAUGGGUUUAUCGCUACGCUAAAUAGAUUUAAUGCGCCUCUGAAUGCAUUAACCCCGUCACUGGCGGGUCCAGAACAGGAUAUCUCGGACCGGAGCGCCUGUGAGGUUUCCCUGAACGCUUUGCAGCACAGCCAUGGCUCUGGUGACUCUGCAGCGCUCCCCUACACCCAGCGCCGCAUCCUCAGCCAGCACCAACGCGGGGGAGGAUAUAGGCAGUGAUGAUGAUCGAAAGGCAAACCUAAGCCUGAGUGAAAGUUUCUUCAUGGUAAAAGGGGCAGCUCUGUUUUUACAGCAAGGCAGCAGUGCACAAGGGCCCAGAACACCCACCCAUCAUAAAAAUGCAGGGGAUCUACCACAGCAUCUACAAGUAAUGAUAAACGCACUCCGUGCCGAGGACAGAAUUAAAUUAGUUGUUAGGUUAGAAAGCGGUUGGACGGACCAUGUGCGGUACAUGGUGGUUGUCUACACAAAUGGGCAUCAAGACACUGAAGAAAACAUACUGCUUGGGAUGGAUUUUACAAAUAAGGACAGUAAAAGUUGCUCUAUUGGGAUGACUCUUCCACUUUGGAGUGAUACCAAGAUUCACUUGGAUGGAGACGGAGGUUUCAGUGUGAGUACAGCAGGGAGACUACAUGUUUUUAAGCCUGUGUCAGUCCAGGCCAUGUGGUCUGCCCUCCAGGUGAUGCACAAAGCAUGUGAGGUGUCCCGCAGAUACAACUAUUUUCCAGGAGGGAUGGCCCUUACAUGGGUUGGCUAUUAUGAGAGCUGCAUCUCCUCAGAGCAGAGCUGUAUCAAUGAGUGGAAUGCUAUGACAGAUCUGGAGACCACACGGCCUGACUCGCCAGUCAUGUUUUCUGAUCAGCCAACAGAGAGAGAGAGAACAGAGUGUAUGAUCAAAGCCAAACUCCGAAACAUAAUGAUGUUUCAGGACCUGGAAAAUAUUACUUCUAAGGAGAUCCGAAAUGAACUGGAACAACAUAUGAGCUGCAACCUGAGGGAGUAUAAAGAGUUUAUUGACAAUGAGAUGCUGCUUAUCCUGGGCCAGAUGGACAAGGCUACACUCAUAUUUGACCAUCUGUACCUGGGCUCAGAAUGGAAUGCAUCCAACUUGGAGGAACUUCAAGACUCUGGGUUAGUGCUGAUGUACAUCGACCGACUGGUUGGGUAUAUCCUCAAUGUCACAAGAGAGAUUGACAACUUUUUCCCAGGUACCUUUUGUUAUUGUAAUAUCCGUGUUUACGAUGAUGAGACUACAGAUCUGCUGGCACACUGGAAUGAAACCUACAACUUUAUAGUUAAAGCCAAGAAAAACAACUCUAAAUGCCUUGUACAUUGCAAGAUGGGAGUGAGUCGCUCAGCAUCCACCAUCAUUGCUUAUGCUAUGAAGGAGUAUGGAUGGUCACUUGAAAAGGCAUGCACUUUUGUCAAACAGAAGAGGAAUAUAGCACAACCCAAUCCAGCUUUUAUGAAACAACUUGCUGAGUACGAGGGGAUUUUAGAUGCCAGCAAGCAGAGACACAAUAAACUCUGGCAACCAGAUGGUGAUGAGUAUUCGCUGGAGGGCCUUCAGGCUUCAGCUGCCAGUGGUGACCAGACUCCUCAAUUUUCGUCACUGCACCCCGAUCAAGAGGAGACCGCUUGGGGCCAUGGUGGAGCAAGUGCUUCCUCCUGCUGCGGAGAAGAGCCGACUGACCAUCUCAAUUACAACUACUACUUCCGGCGACUCUCAGACACCGCUCUGGACAGUGAACCCUCCACGCCAGUUCGAGGUCCUCCGCUUUUAGGCAUGGAACGAGUCUUUAUUGAGAUUGAGGACGUAGAGAGGGAUGCAUUGUUGGACGAUGAAGGCUUCCCCAUGGCUCACUUGGCCCUUCCUGGGGAGGGCACAGCGGCCCAGACCUGCGGCCGACUGGAGCCUAUAGAGGACAUGCGCUUGAGGCUGGAGUUUAGCACGGUGGAGGAGGAGGACGAGGAGGAAGCACAAAAGGAGGAGGCGGAGAUGGCCGCCUUAGCUCGUGGCGAGAAGAUGCCGAGGGUAGACAAGAGCCUGGCUAACUCGAACCGCUUUAACAACGAGAACGCCAACAACAGCAACAGGCUGGCCGGGAAGCGCAGCUGCCCUUCUGGCUUUGACGACAGUGCUAGCAUUGGAAACCCCUACAAAGUGAAGCCCUCAUAUCAGUCGUGCCGAGACUGCCUGCGCCUGCCCAGCGGCCGCCGCUGCGAACGUCGCACCCAUCGCCUUAACCUGUCACGUCACACUGGCCUGCCCAGUAUGUCCAUCCAGGCCCCCAGAGGACACAAAUUCAGUCCUGUCUCCGCCAAUAAGGUGCCUCCUCCUGCCUCUCUGCAUCACAUGAGCAGCGGGCACUGCCAGUGCAUUCGUUGCUUCGGUCGAGCCAACUCGGACACUUGCCACAAGCAACCGAGCUGUGAAGACCUUCCUCAGGAUUUGCGUUAUUCCUUGGAGACUGAGGACAGAAUGGAAGGGGAGGACGAGGGGAGAAAGGAAAGCUCCAGCAGUCCUGUGACAGAGCUCACUCUCCUGAGGCUCAGUCUGGGUGGUGAGAGGCCUACGGCGGAGCUCAGUCAGGGGGCCCACCUGGAGACACAGCUGGUGCAAAUGUCCGGUCCUCCGUCGGAACAGAUGGACUUGAGCAUAGAGGACUCUGCCACAGAGGACAUGGAAGUGGACGAGGGGAACGUCCCCAGCUUGCACCCUGGCUCCAGUGGCCUCCAGCAAACGCUCGCACCGGGCUCGGCCCUGACACGCAGCUCCAGCAGCGACAGUCUGCCGAGAAUUCGCAGAGGCCAGCCGGGCUCGGUAUGUCAGCGAGCUCGAGAGAUCGAGACCCGUGUGCGGCUCGCCGGACUGACCAUGUCCUCCCAACUCAAAAGGUCUAAUUCACUGGCCAAGCUAGGUGACUUGGCCAUCUCCACAGAGGACCUGACGCUGUCCACCGCAGUCUCCGUUGACUACAAUGACCAAGAGCCUGCUCUUUGCGUGCAAUCCUCUUGCUCCCCCAAGCUCUCUUUAACUCCAACUGUGUUGCAGAGUUUGAAAAGCUGACUCCAAGAUGUCAGAACUGCUUUCUCAGUGAAUGGGACCGAUCCAGUCCUACAGCCAUCGAGAGCGACCAUGGAGGCCGAGGCUGCAAGACACCUCAUGAGAACAAUCAGGCCAGGCUUGGACAGCAGUCCUUUACAUAACUGCACUGCAUUUUUCAUGUGUCUGUCUGUGCUUUAACGAAGAUAUAUAUUAAAGCAUGCUCUGGCUUGGACCUUCAUUAACGGCUUUGUUGAUACGGCUUUUCUUUGUCUUUCUAAAGGAAGCCCUACCUGUUAAGGUUUUGAAAUAAUGUGGCCCAUCGAUAGGUCGCAUAAUCAGACCUUUUUAAAUUAGCGAUGAUUUUCCUCAACUAUUUGUUUGAUCUCCAUAAUUUAAACUUUAAAACCCAAUUUUGUGCCCUUUGGUUGAUAUUCUAACAACAUCCAUGAUAUUUUGCCUCCCGGUUUGUUCACCAGCAAGUUUAUGUGCUACUGCAAAUGAACCAAUCAUGCAGUUACGAUGAUUUGAUAGCAUAAAGAGACAAUUUAUCUGAUUUAGAUAAUUGUAAACUUUAAAGGUGCACAUAAAUGUGAAAAUUAAAAGGGUGCUAUGGAAUAACCAAUCAGAACACUUGUUAUGUACUAAUAAUAAUAGAAAUGUUCAAACCCUAGAAAUUACUGGUUGGAGCAAAUAAGGUGGUAGGCGAGUAUUUAUAAGUUAUUUAAAAACUGAAUCAGAUUUAGAUUUAGAUAUGAAUAAAUUUCCAUGAUAACAUGUGAGCUAUGGCUUUAUUAAAACAUGAUCAAAAUCUAAGCCCAAACCAUAAGCUUUAAAAAAAAAAAACAGAAAUCCAUACCUAAUUGGCUAUUAAAAUUAAACACUGUAGUCCUGAAUAUUUAAUUGGCAACUUUUUUGUUAACUUGCCUUCAAAAGCCGUAUAGUUCCACAAACCUAUGUGGAAAUUUUAAUAAAAAUGUUGCACCACAAAAGUACUUUAAGACUAAAGUUUAACCUGAAAUGUAUGCUUAUGUUUUUUGAAGUCACAGUGUUAUUCCAACCUGAUAGUUACUUGAAUGACAUCAACAAAGCCACAUAAUUAUUGUCUAUUUCCAGAGAAAAAUGCAACAUGAAUGUGGUUGGCUAUUUGUCUUACAACACUUAUUUGCUUUUCAGCUGGUGUUUA